AUGCAAUAUAGUGUAGUUUUGAAUUCUUGGUGGAGAGAGAAAAAAAACAAGGUAUAUACUGUAGCUUGUUUGGAUGCGGGUUAUGGAUGGAGACUUCAUGCUAGUAGAUUACCAGAUGGUACUACAUGGGCUAUAAAAAAGAUUGACAAUCCUGAACAUAACUGUAGAGCCCUAGAAACACAUAACAGCCUUGUCACUAUAAAAUGGGCAGCUACUAAGCUAAUGGAUGACAUUAGGGCAAACAACGACAUCUCUGGGAGGACUUUAAAUGAACUAUUGGAGUUGAGGUUUAGGGUGAGUUUGAAGACUAGCACAUUGUAUAAAAUGAGGACAUUGGCAUUGAAAGAGAUUAACGGAGGACAUUAUGAGAGUUAUGGCUACUUACCUGCAGAAGACUCCAUUGAAAGGCCUUUGACAUUCACCAGCAUUUUCAUUUCUUUUGGAGCUACAAUUAGUGGAUUAGUUAAGGGUUGUAAAGGUCUAAUUGGGGUUGAUGGUGCACAUCUCAAGGGUCAAUAUGGAGGCACACUCCUUUCAAGUAUUGCUCUAGAUGGUAAUAAUCACCUAUUUCCUAUUGCUUGGGCUAUUGUUUCUGGUGAAGAUCAAGAAACAUGGAAAUUUUUUGUGUGGCAUUUGAAGUACAUACUAAAUGACAGUGGUAGAGGUGAUGAUUAG